CAACCCACAAGGAGAGGUGUGAGCGUCUGGCGUAGCAGUUCGUAAGAGUACACAGCUAGUGCGACCGAGUCGUUGAUUCCGAAUCCUUGGUUCUGGAAGUUGCGCGUGAGUAUCGUCUUUGAGCGGAGAAGUCGAAACCUGCGGUAGCCGAGCGCCUCAGAGCUCUCAAACAGCGGUGGCCUUCCGGAGCGAGAGAGAGGCAGGCAGAGGAGAGCCAACUGAGAGGGAAGCAUGGCGGAGAAGUUGCUGCAAAAUGUGUCCCGGCUAGGUGGCGUGGUGGCGAUAGCGGCGGCGACGGAGAUGUGCCUCUUCAACGUGGACGGCGGGCAGCGGGCAGUCAUCUUCGACAGAUUUCAGGGAGUCAAAGAGGCGGUCGUAGGGGAGGGGACGCACUUCAUGAUCCCCAUCGUGCAGAAACCCAUCAUCAUCGACGUGCGUGCCAGGCCGCGCACGAUCAACUCUAUCACCGGGACGAAGGACUUGCAGAUGGCCAACAUCUCUCUGAGGGUACUGUCUCGGCCGUUGGAGUCGGAGCUGCCCCGCAUCUACCAGGAGCUGGGGACUGACUUCGACGACAGAGUCUUGCCGUCGCUGGGAAAUGAGGUGCUCAAGGCAGUCGUGGCCAAGUACAACGCCGAAGAGCUGCUGAGCAAGCGUGAGUCGGUCAGCACCCGCAUCCGGGACGAGCUGACCCACCGCGCCAAGCAGUUCCACCUCAUCAUGGACGACGUGUCCAUCACCCACCUCACCUUCGGCCACGAGUUCACGAAGGCCAUCGAGAACAAGCAGGUGGCGCAACAAGAGGCCGAGCGGCAGGUGUAUGUGGUGGCGCUGUCCGACCAGGAGAGGCUGGCGGCCAUCAUCCGCGCGGAGGGAGAGGCGGAGGCCGCCGAGCUGAUCUCGGCCGCCCUGAAGGAGAGCGGCAUCGGGCUCAUCGAGGUGCGGCGCAUCGACACCGCCAAGGAGAUCGCCCUCACCCUCGCCACCUCGCGAAACAUCACCUACCUGCCAACAGGGGGCGGGUCUAACAUGCUGCUGGGUCUCAACACUGCUUGAGAAAGGGCAAGGUAGUGGUGAUAGUAGUAGAUGCCUCGCAUGAUGCUAGCCGGAAGGUGGUGCCUGCUGCUGCUGGUGUUUUUUUCCCGCUGUGCAGGGUUGAUCAAUAAGAGGUGCGCGUUUUUUUGUUUUGCGGAGGAGGGCGGGAAUGCUGUGCCCGCGCCAUUUUGUGUAUUGUGCUGCCGUGCGAGGGAAGAUGAUCGGCAGCGGAUGGGAUUCGGAGAGCGUCACUUGUUUUCAGCGGUAGGGGGUAGUUUGGACUAAUGAGAUAGGGAGAGCAAGUCUCGUGGCUUUGGUCAAGCGACGAACGACCUUGUAAUGGGGGGAUUUGCCGUGCAGCGUACCAAUCACGGUUGGUUACCGUAUUAAUCGUGUUCUGCGUGAUGCCUUAGUGCAGGCCGGGGCGUCCCUUGCUAUGAUACUUCUUCUAGUGUUCUUGCGGCCCACCUAUCCAGAUGCACUUGGCGUUGUGACAUGCCCCCAGCAAAACACGCUGUGGCAGUAGCUGCAGCAGUCGAAGAACCGGCAACGACAUGUUGCGGCGUCACGUGGGAGCUGUUAAGAGGGCCCUCGCAGGCGCACGCGUCCGUUGCCGCAUUCAAUGUAGAGCAGCUUCGUGAGGUGCUCUCUCGGCAUCUGCAAGGUGUUGGAAGCUUGCGGGGAAAAAUUGUCGAAUCAAGGCACGUGUACACGUGCGAGAAUAUGGAUAUCUUUUCUGCCGCCGAGGACCGAAGGUCGUUCCUGCAGGUUCCCGACAAGAUGAUGUCGCCUCGUUGGUGGAUACCAUCACUUGUUGGUGGCGCCUCUCCUGCAGGGCCGAGAGGAGUUGGGUCCAGCAACACUGGCACCGCAAAACCGCUGGGCGCUCUCAUGGUAUCGAGCUGAAGAGGGCUGGUUUCCGCCAACGAGAUGAGUGGGUUGCUGGUUGUCGAGAGGGAAGGGUGCGCCAAG